GGGGGGGGGGACAAAAGCUUUCCACACUGUUGUUAUGGUCGUUUGUGGUCACUUUUCAUCUCGCACGUACGAUCUAGAUCUAGUCCCCCGAAGUUACACGCGGCGAGCAAGGACGGCAGUCUCACCUCAAACCGGGGUCCAUCUGUGCCCUCGGCCGGUCGGUCGAGUAAUGGGCUUCUUGAAAGUGCCGACAGAUAGUGGACAUUUCUUCAACUCCUCGUUGCUGUGCAUCGCGGAGAAGAGGUGUAAUAUGGGACGACGCCACGACCCUGGAGGUGACUAUCUCACACAAAGAAGCAAAGUCCGACAACGCCGGUAUCUCAAAGGCGUUUUGUUGGACACUAGGAAACCAUCCUCGUUCGUUACCCUGUCACAAGCCAUUGUACUUUGUCAAUACCUACCUACUGCAAGUAGAGGUCCCCGAUGUUACCACCCAGCGCCCACCUGCCUUUCUAUCUAUCACCAACCACUGUUCUCUACUGCAACGCUUAGUUCCUAUGGCGCCAAAACAAAACAGCCAAGUGGCCGGCCACUCUUUGGUUCAAGGACCGUGGAAGAAAAAUUGGGCGAUGGAGCGCUCGAGCGAGUGAGACACCUGCAAGGCCGGGGGCGUCUCAAGUUUGGCGGCAGAACCACGCGCCACGUCCAGCAGAGAAAGCUGUCGGUCAAAGACCUCACUUCCAAUCCUCGUGGCAAAGUCUUGGUGGUCUAGAAUGUCUUUGCUUGGUGCGAGUUAUCACAAGGUAGAAAGGCAGGUUCUGACUUUGUUUUGGCGUGUAAACAGCAAAUUGUUCUGCCUCCCCCAU